AUGGCUUCUCAAGCUGCUACAAAGAAAUUGGUUGAGAGUUUACCGGUGAUUGGGCUACCGUUUGAUACCGCCCAGAGCUGCGGCCUCCAGUCUCCCAGAUUCGCACACAUACGGACGCGUCUGCUCAACCGACUCGAGCAAGAUCCUUUGUUGACGCUCAACGCUAUUGCUAACAAGUACCAACGGUUGACCAAUCUACAGCAUGACACCACUUUGGUCCAAUCUGGGGGCCAAGGUGGUUCCGAAGUUCAUGCGGUUCGCCAGGCCUCUAAACCCUCUGGUUCUUAG